AUGGGCAAGUUCGAUAACGCUAUCAAGGCUGGCCAGACCGCCAUCGAGCUCGGCAACACUGCUAGAUCCUUCGCUGGGGCGACCUCCGAAUUCCGCGCCGCGGACAAGAAGGAAAUUGGUCGACAGGCUGGUCGUCACGCCUUCAACGAGGGCGCCGAGACCGGAAAGACCAUGGGCAAGACUUGGCUCAAGACCUUUGAGACCGUUCCUCGUAUGGUCUGUCGAGGUCUCCAGUUCCUCUUCGCUAUCAUCGCCUGCGGCUUCUACGGCCAUCGAGUCGAUAAGGCUCAAGACACAGAUUAUGGCUUCUCGCCGGAAUGGUACUUCGCUCUCGUCGUCGCUGGCCUCUCAGCCACUACCGCCAUUCUCUUCGUCAUCCUCACUCCCCUCGGCGCCCUUCCCCUCAUCGGCAGCAAGCUCAAGCUCGUCAAGACCUAUCGCGCAUUUGCUUGGGAUCUCAUCCUCUUCAUCACCUGGCUCGUCGUCUUCGGAAUCUUCGCUGGCAUCUUCCUCCACCGAGACAGCGAAGACAAGUACAAGGGCGCUAGCACUGGUGCCAUGAAGACAGCCGUGUGGAUCGACCUAGUCAACUCCAUCUUGUGGCUCACCUCGGGUGUUUACGGUUGCAUCAAGACUUUUUUGGGCGACAAGGCGGACGAGAUGACAGACAAGGUCGGACAGAAGCUGUUUACCAAGAAGCAGAAGCCAGCUAAGGAGGUUGGCUAUGCCGAAAGUGUCUGAACACUGGCAAAACAGUUACAUCGGGGUUUUCAUGUUUUUAUUACGCAU